CUUCCCCUCCUCCACUUUCCCUCUUCGCCCUCGCCUGGAUUCAAAUCCCGCUGCCUCUCCUCAGCCUCCGCCGCCUCGCCGCAGUCCUCACCCCGCUCCUCCCCUCCUCUACUCUUUCAUUUCCGUUACUCCGCGCUCUGAUCCCAAAACCCUAACCUAGCACGAACCCUCGGCGGCGGGGGUUGGGCUGUACGCUAGCGGUUCUGUGUUUCCUCUUCGGCUCCAGCGUCGCCAUGGGCUGCUUCCUCUCGUGCUUCCGCGGCGCCGGCCGUGACCAGUCAGGCGAUCUCCGCGAUCCGCUUGUGCGAGGGAGCCGCCUCGGGGAAGCCUUCCUGGAUGACGAGAAAAAAUUUGAAGCGAGUAGAGGACUGGAGGAAGAUGCGGGUAACGGCGGAGACGUCGAUGAGGAGCUCCGGCGAGAGGCAAAUUAUCUCAAAUCCUGUGGCACGAUAUCACAAACCCCACCAGAAAUUCUAGAAGUUUCAAGCCCAAUAAGCUCAGAAAAGGCUAAAGAGUGCAAUGGCACAUCCACCAAUGCGCAGGUGAUGAAAGAGGCAACGCUACUCGAAGGGAACCUAUCUGAAGUGCUCAACUCUGAUGAGCAUGAUAUUUUGAAGCGUGAAGAGAACAUGGAUGAAGGCACUCUCAUAGAACCUCGAUCAUCCUUGCAGGACAAGCCUUCAUGUCAGAACAUCAGAAACCAGAGGACUGAUUCUAGUGAUUCACCUUAUCCAACCCCUUUGAUUCUCAGAGGUGAGAUCCAGACUCCUGGGACAGUAUAUACUGCAUAUAAGGGGACUUCAAAGUCUGGAAAGCGUGCAAGGGCUAGCAGACAAUUCAUUUAUCCUGUUUUGAAAUCCAUUGAGAACAAACUACAAUGGAUGGAAGCAAGGAUGGACUCGCCUGUGCUAUCAUCCAAACCUCCGAAAAGAAGAUAUUUGAGCGCAGAUGUUAGUGAGCAGUCUCAGCAGACUUUUGCGAGUUCAAAGGCUACACACACAAAAUCAUUAAAAUCCGUAUCCUUCCCAUUUCAUGACAACUGUGCAGCGCAAGAUGAAUUUAUAUCUCCACAGGAAACCAAGGGUCAGAAUGGCAACCAAAAGCCCUUAGAAGGCGGAGAACUGUUGAGACAAGAUUCAGAAUAUGGACAGCAUGGUGUUUCAAGCCUUUCUCAUUGGCUGAAGCUUUCAUCUGCAGAUGGUGAGAGCCACAGAGACACUGACGGCAACGUUGGGAAGGAACCAUGCUAUGAGAAAAGCAUUUUUGAUGUGCCUAUCUUUCCAGCUUUUGGUUUCAACUGGGACAAUGACAAUCCUACUCCUGUGUUGCCAAAGGCAUGGGAUGGCAAUGGUAUUCCAAACACCACAACCAAGUACAAAGAGGAUCAGAAAGUCAGUUGGCAUGCUACCCCGUUCGAGGAAAGGCUAUUGAAGGUUUUGUCUGAUGAGAAACCACAGCAUGGAAGCAGGAACAUCAGUGGAAAGCUCAUCCACCUCGAGAAAGACGCAGAGUAGAGAGGCUUGCAAGUUGCAGACUGCGUCGUCCUCCCACAUGAUGGACAGUCUGCAAGGUCCAAUUGUUGACCAAUCCAAUAUAAAGACAGCUGCAUAGCAUCUGUAAAUAGUGUCUGAGAUACAUUCUUGCCUACUUCAUUCCGUGAUGUUGCGUAAAUCAGGAACCAUUCCUUAAGUAGCUGUCAAUUGGCUAUUCUUUGCUCCUCGCUGAACAAGUUCCUUCUGUAGCAAAAAAACUGGGUUAUGUGACUGAACAUCAACUGGUGAUUAGCCUUUUUCCUCGAGUUUUCCCUUCUCUGCUGCUCCUGUAACCUCUUAUAGUGUGACGUCAACAC